GGCUCCUCAUGGCCAGCAUGUACAUCAAAGGAGGAAAAGUAGAGAGAGAAGGAAAGUAGAGAGAAAAAAUGGCCGCCAUGGGAAGGCUGAGAAGGUGUGGUUCAAAGGCUAUGAGGUCUAUGAGCACUUAUCCUUUUUUGGCUUCUCAACCUCGACUCUCGCCACAAGAGCUGGCGCACCCGGAACUAACGGAUUUUGCUAGACUUAAUGUAAAAAAAAAUGUGUCUCAGGUGAUUGGAAGAACCCCUCUUGUUUAUCUCAACAAAGUCAGCGAAGGUUGUGGGGCUCACAUUGCUGCCAAAUUGGAGAUGAUGCAGCCUUGUUGCAGCAUCAAAGAUAGGGUUGGCAUCGCCAUGAUAGAAGACGCGGAAAAGAAGAAAUUGAUAUCACCUGACAAGACGAUUUUGAUCGAGCCGACUUCUGGUAACAUGGGGAUCGGGCUGUCUUUCAUCGCGGCAUCGAAAGGUUACAAACUCAUAUUGACCAUGCCCUCUUACACAAGUUUAGAGAGGAGGGUGACCAUGAGAGUGUUCGGGUCCGAAUUGGUACUCACUGAUCCCACAAAGGGUAUGGGAGGUGCAGUCAAGAAAGCCACUCAAUUGCAUGAAUCAACCCCCAAUUCAUUCAUGCUUCAACAAUUUGAGAAUCCUUCUAAUGUUAAGGUGCAUUUUGAGACUACAGGACCUGAGAUAUGGGAGGAUACUCUUGGGCAAGUUGAUAUUUUUGUAAUGGCAAUUGGGAGUGGAGGCACUGUCUCUGGUGUAGGAAGAUACCUCAAAUCACAAAACCCUAAUGUCAAGAUUUAUGGUGUUGAGCCUGCAGAGAGCAAUAUCCUAAAUGGUGGUAAACCAGGUCCACACCUCAUCACUGGAACUGGAGUUGGGUUCAAACCAGGAAUAUUGGAUAUGGAUGUUUUGGAAGCUGUUCUUGAGGUGUCUAGUGAAGAUGCUGUGAAAAUGGCCAGGGAAUUAGCCCUCAAAGAGGGCCUUAUGGUUGGUAUUUCAUCAGGAGCCAAUACGGUAGCGGCACUCAGGCUUGCAAGCAUGCCUGAGAACAAGGGCAAACUCAUUGUGACGGUUCAUCCAAGCUUUGGAGAAAGGUAUUUGUCGUCCGUCCUCUUUCAAGAGCUUCGGGACGAAGCCGAGAAGAUGCAACCAGUUCCUGUUGACUAAAUGCUGCAGCUUAUGUACUUUAAUAUGUUUUUAUUGUGCCUUAGUGCAUACUUUUUGUGUAGUUUUGCAAUGUUUGGAAUCAAUGAUUUUCCUUUGUGUUCUUUAUUUUUAUGAACAAUGAAUGGUAAAUAAGGUAAA